AUGCUUGUUGGAUUCGCAUAUUUUUCUUCGACUCUUGCUGGGUCGUCCGAUGAGCGAUUGAAGGUAUUUCGAAGCGAUUUCGCGCAGGUCGUCGAGGAACCGAACCCAGCCUGGAACGAUCUGGCUCGGGCGCUGACGCACCUGGAGGAGCCGGGCGCGGAUCACCCGGUGCACCCGCCCGCCCCGCUGUCCCGGUGGAUGCCGGAUGACCUGAGCGGAUUCUACCGGUACAAUGGAUCCCUCACGACGCCUGCCUGCGACGAGGUGGUCGUCUGGACGGUUUUCGAGACGCCCAUCUCCAUCGGCCGGCGACAGUUGCGGCGAUGGCACCGGCUGACGUCGAAGACGGGGGGCAGGCUGACGGGGAACAUCCGGCCCCUGCAAGUCCGGAACGACCGGCCGAUCCUCUACGAUCCGGGAUUUCCGUUUUCGUCUUUUGGGUGA